UUCACAUCCAUUUUCUUUUUCGUACUAAGUAUGAGUCCGUUGUUAGCCGAAGUUUGUUCUAUUAGGCAUAUUUGACUAACAUCUCGUUUCGUUUUUUUCCCGGUUUGAAUUUGACUCGGCAAUCUUUCAUUUUACAUGGAUCCAACUGUCUUUGAAUUAUUUCUUGAUUAAAGAAUCUGCAAAUGAAUGUGUUUCCGACGUGCAUUCUUGGGAACAUAUCACAAGAAAGAGAGUGCCAUAAUGCAUAAAAGAUACAAGCCAAUAAAGUUCAGUUCUUAAUGGAGUCUCCUGAAAAUAAAACAAGGGCUUCAAGCAGGAUUGGUGAUCGAUCAGCCAGUGAUGUUGUUGUAAGGCUACGAACUCAGGAGGGUCGAGAUGAUUGGGUAUACUGUCACUCCCAUAUCCUCACAAACAACAGCAAGUACUUUGCUGACCGGUUAUCUGAGAACUGGCCCACCUGUCAGAUUAUUGAUUCCCGCAAUUGUGUUGAGGUUUACUGUCAAGAGUCUGAUCUGGACUACCAUGUUAGUGUGCUACGCCUGUUCUAUAUCAGUGAGGAUGGUUCAAUGACAGAUAUAUGUCAUGGUGUUAGAAAUGCUCUUGGUAUUUUGAGAGCAGCCAACGAACUUGGUUGCCCACAAAUAAUUGCUGCUUGCGUGGACUACUUGGAAGCAGUCCCUUGGGAAGAGGCUGAGGAGGAAGAGAUUUUGAGAAUCAUUCCAGGCAUGGGAGCACAAGCAGAACCUAUUCUUGCUCGUAUCCAACCAGUAAAUACAUCAGCUAUCAUAAAGAUUUUUCUCUCAGCUAUCAGGUUCGCGACAUCUUCCCCUUCUUCAUCCAUGACUGAUUUAAAAACCUCAGCUCAGGAGCAGCUUGAGUACAUGCUUACUGAAGAUGAUGAUGCCCCUUUACUAACAGCUGAUGACAACAUAAAAUCAGAGGUUCGGGAAUGUGUCAAGAGUCUGCUAGCCAGAUUUCAAAAUCUGUUAGAAUCCUCACUAUGUGAACCCAAAGAAUCAGGUUCCGGUGUUAGGAAAAUGCAAUCAUUGCAUUCUUAUUUAACAGAUUUGUCAUGGGCUUUCCAGAUAUUGGCUAAAUUGGAUAUAGUGAGGGAAUUUGUUACAAGUUGGGUGGAGGCAUCAGAAAAUGUAGUCAAGAUUGUUGAGCAAACUGAUACAGAAGGUGAGAUACUUGAGUCAAAGUUGAAGGUUAUUGAGGUCUCCUCAAAGGUUUUAGAGUCAAUAGGGUAUGGAACUGUUAUAUUGCCGACUGCAAAACGCCUGCACAUGGUGAAGGUUUGGCUUCCAUUUGUGAGGGCAAUGAAGCCGGUGAUUGAUUCUGCCUCAGCUGAUAGUGAGGAUGGCCUGACGCUCAAAAUGGAUGGUGACCUGUGGCAAUCGUUGGAGUCAGCUUUUGUUUCAGUCAUUCUUGGAUUGCCAUCGGCAGACCAGGCAGAAAUUUUGACUGAGUGGUUACAAAACGAGCAUAUUCGGUACCCAGACUUGACAGAGGCCUUCGAGGUGUGGUGUUACAGGUCCAAGGUUGCAAAGAGAAGGCUUGCAUUAUUGGGGGCAUCCACGGUCGCAAUUGGAGCUUCGGGCUUUGUAAAUAGCAGCGUGCUAUCUCGUCUUGGGGUGGUAGCUAUUGUAAGCUUCUCAGUAACUCAGAUAAACCAAGCAAACAUGCCAACUUCCAGAACUUACUUUCGGAAAUUGCUAUUUGUUUUCUCAGCCAAGUUUUGCAGAUGUUUGCAGUCUUCUCCAAUACGUGCUAAUUUGUUCAGGGCAAUUACUUUGUUGUUUAAUUGGUCAAGCUUCUUUAGCACAAAAUUAACGGAAAUUGAAGGCAGCAGGAUUCUCUGCCUGUUGCAAUCCUAGCAUCGUCUUUACCCCACCGAAACCAAGGCCAACCACUCCGCCCCGAAAGAUAACAGAAAAGAAGAGGAAAUUGUGCUGAAGAACACGCUUCCACUGGAAUUCUUAUGCUUCCUACUUUAGGGUUCUUGAUUUUAACAUCUUUUAGUUUUGGAUGAAUUGUUUCUUCUGUACAUUACUUGUCAUAAUCAGUUUAACGUCAUAAACUUCUAUAUGAACAAUGUUUCUAUCCUUUAGAGCAAA